UUUGUUCGCGAUCGUAGUGCUAAGAGCGCGUCCGUGUGUUUGCGUUUGGUGAUAUUCUAACCCCCCUCCCCGCAGAGGGUGAGAGAAGAUGAAACGAAAAGGCAACGAUAUAAUGACGAGACUGAUGGUGACCUUCAGCAUGGGUUUGUUAGCGACCCUGCUGGUGAUUGGUCACGCUGAGUCAGCAAAAAUUGUGUGCGUCUUUCCGACGGCCAGCAAGUCGCAUGUGCUGGGAGCGCAAGCCCUACUGAAGGAGCUGGCACACCGUGGACAUGAGGUUACAAUGGUUAGUGCGUUUCCCUUGAAGAAGCCGCCGAAGAACUACCGGGAUGUGUACAUACCGAUCGAGGACGCUUUUUCGAGCAUCAUGAGUGACUUUAUGCAGGGCGGCAGUCGCAAUAUGAUGAAGCUGCUCCCGAAGAUCUUGCGAGCCUCGCAUGAUGCCUCCAACGCUACGCUUAACUCUGCGGAGCUUCUUCGACUUGCGCGUGAAGAGCAGUUCGAUCUGGCACUGGUUGGAUUCUUCAUGAACAGUUUCGUGAUUGGCGUCGGACAGUUGUUCCGUUGUCCAACGGUGUUGUACUGGUCUGCCGUCGGUUCCGGUAUGAUCAACUACGUAGGCAACCCGGCCGAAGUUGCUGCCGUUCCGCACAUGAUGCUGGGCCAGCGCAAUCCGAUGACAUUCUUCGAUCGGGUCGCAAACACUCUCAUCAACGGCGUUGAAAAGAUCUUGCUGACUUACCAAAGAUACAAAGAGUUGCCGUACUACGAAUCAAACUUCCCCGCCGAAAAGGGCUUCCGAAGCUACGACGAAGCACUGCGCAAUGUCUCGUUACUGGUGUUGAUCAACACACACUUUACUCAAACCGUACCGAGACCUUACCUGCCCAACAUGGUCGAGGUGGGAGGCAUCCAGAUCAACGCCAAGCCCGAUCCAAUGGCACAGGAUUUGCAGCAAUUCCUGGACGGUGCCGGUCGGGAUGGAGCCAUCUUCAUAAGCUUUGGAUCGAAUCUUCGCAGCUCCAACUUGCGACAGGACAAGCUGGAUGCGAUCCUGGGCAUGAUUCGGGGAUUGAAGCAGCGAGUCAUUUGGAAAUGGGACCAGGACGAGAUGCCAAACCGCCCGUCGAACGUGUUCAUUGGCAAGUGGUUGCCGCAGGAUGCGAUUCUGGCACACCCAAACCUGAAACUGUUUGUCACGCACGGUGGCCUGGGCAGUAUUAGCGAGGCGAUGUACCACGGUGUACCGAUCGUCGGUAUUCCCAUGUUCGGUGAUCAGGACGGUAAUGUGGCGCAAGUCGUGAAGGAAGGAUGGGGCCUUUCGGUGAGCUUCGACGAGCUAACGGAGCCAUUGCUGAGCGGUGUGGUGCAGGAAGUGCUUCGGGAUCCGAAGUACCGCGAGCAGGUGCAGGGGCGUGCCUUGCUGUACAAGGAUCGUCCGAUGGGAGCGCUCGAAACCGGCGUCUAUUGGAUCGAGUACGUCAUCCGGCAUCAUGGGGCACCGCAUCUACACUAUCAAGGUGCCGAUUUGAACGCGUUCCAGCUGGCUCUGCUGGAUGUGUAUGCAUUUAUAAUUGGCGUGCUUUAUAUCGUCUACAAGGCGGUUGUACUUAUAGGGAGAAAACUUAAGCGUGCUUUGUUCGGUGGAGCAAAAAGCGAUCAGAAAACGAAGAACAAGCAGAAAAAAGCUUAGAUUAACAUAACCACUGCUGAUUGGCAUUCACAUUUGUAAUUUAAAUACCACACAGGUACAGGUUUGAUAUACACAAACGCACAAAAUAAAUGACGAAACAUUUACAUCAGUA